UACGGAGAACACAGGAUACUAUUGCUGCACAAAGAAGGAUCAACAAUCUUACAUAUGAAGAGAAGUUCAUACGAGAGAAGACGUAUGAGCUGGCACAGAAGAACAUGAUAAGUGCGCUGCUGCCGUUCUUCAUGAACGAGGAGCUGUCGUGGACACAAGAAACUGUGAAAAUGCUUGCAACACGGAUUGAACGCUUGAUGAACGCACCAUUUGCAUGGGAUGAACUGAAGAAAAUUUUGUGGAACGCAGUGAACUCAGUGACCAGUUCCUGUUUUCUGAAGAACUGGCUUUUCGGAUCGAACACACGCUCUGGUCUGUUGGUGUCCAGCAAUGUGCUCAGCCGCUUUCAUUUCAAAGAUCCAGAAAUCGCAGGUAGCUCAAGCAUCAGGUCCUCGUUUAUACCACCAGUAGAAAGCAAAACAGCCAUGGAGAUAGAGGAGCAUAAUGAAAACAUGGAGAACGCUGAGUUGCCGAUCGUAGAAAAGCGGAUGGAAGGUACAAGCUACAUCCCCUUGUACUACAUCACUAAGGAAGAUGAAAACACAGCGUUGUUAAGAAAGGAAUGCGAA